UCUCAGAACAUUUUUAUUAUCUCACAUUACAGAUGCCCGUAAAGGACCCUCCAGAAGCAUUGCUAACCCUAUCUAACGGCAUAGCCAACAGAGCUGUAGGAGAGACCCAAAUGAACAUCGCCAGCAGUAGGAGCCACUGUAUUUACAUAUUCACUAUUCAGCAAGAAUCAACAAAGGACAAGAGGGCCAGAACUGGAAAAUUGAAUCUAGUGGACUUGGCCGGAUCUGAAAAGGUGGAGAAAACUGGCGCUGAGGGGAGAGUUCUUGAAGAAGCCAAGACCAUUAACAAAUCACUUUCAGCUCUGGGGAAUGUAAUAAAUGCUCUAACAUGUGGACCAACAGGCAGAGGAAACCACAUUCCAUAUCGUGAUUCUAAGUUGACACGGAUUCUACAAGAUGCACUCGGAGGGAACUCACGUACUGCAUUGUUGUGUUGCUGCUCACCCAGUCCUACAAAUUCAUCUGAGAGCCUCUCAACCCUUCGCUUCGGUGCAAGGGCAAAGCAUAUAAAGACUUCUCCUCGUGUUGCAAAUGAGGAUAAAAGUAUCAGAGAGCUCGAAAAUUUCACUCCAAUAAAAAGGGAAUCACGCGAGAAACUUCUAAAUGAGGAGAGUUUGGAUAUGGAGCAUGUUCAAAUACUUGAGGAGUUGUUUAUACAAAAUGGAAUUCUAUUUGAUCCUUGCUCCAUUGAAGAGCCGGAAUUAGCCUAUGAAAAUGUUACUUCACAAACCAUUUCUUCGUUGCAGCUGGCUUUGGAAGAACUCUUGAGCACCAAUGUAGAGGUACGUGAAAAUCUUUCAACUCUUUGGAA